AUGGCCAUGGAAAUUGAAAAUAAAAGAGACACUCGUAUAGAAUACAGGUUUGACAGAAAUAAUGAGCUUAAGACAACCAUUACAGAGAGAUACCGUAGAGAUAUCACACCAGAACUCAUUGAUGAGUCACAAAAGACCAUAUAUCUCGUUGAAUAUGGAACUAUUCAGGAAUAUUUUGGACUGAUUUAUAUUCUUGAGAAACAGCUCAUUGUUCUACAAUCUGAUAUUUUGGACAUGAAUGAACAGGCAUACAGUGUAAUGAAGAACAACAUGGAUAAAUACAACUUAUUUUAUGACGAAUUCCAUAAUUCGCCUGAAAAUGAGAUCAGAGGAGGAAAGAAGAUAAAAACAGAAGAAAGGUCGAAAUACAGGAGGAUUUUGAUGCUGUAUCAAGAGAAAUACACCAAUAAAACAUUUGAAAUAUUGGACAAGAAGAAGAUGGGAACACUACAAAACAGUCUAAUUGAUGAUUUAUUGCUAAAUCCAAUAAAACCAGUUGAAAUCAAAAUGGUAGAGGUGGAGUAUGAUGUUGGAUUCUUUAGGGUGAACACAUACGACAAGAGAACUGGUUUCUUUGUAACAGAUGAGAAAUCAAUUAAGGUGAUCAAUAUUAAGAGAUUCAUGAAUGGAGACAGGUUGAAGUUGAGAAAGAACUUCAACAACGAUAUAGUGGAUGAGGAUGAGUUUCUGGAACUGAACAGUCUGAAAGUUAGAACACUUGUUGGUUCUGUUGUGGAAAGUAAGAAGCAGGGAUUGGUUCAAAUCAAAUCAAUUCAAACGAUAUUUGGUGAAUUCGAGUAUAAAACUGAAAAUAGUACACUGAUUGGCAAAAAGGUGAUCUUUCUGGCACAUAAUUCAACUGAAAUAGAAGUAGUUCGUGUACUAGGAAACACAUGGGUCUAUGAGGAUGAAGUUGAUGCCAUAUUUGAGCAUUUUGGACAGAAUUACUACAAGAACAAGCAUCUGAAUGUGGAUGUGAGUGAAGAAGUAAGUGAGAGAACGUAUCAGAUCAGAAAGAAUGAGUCAAUUUUCAGUGGAAUACAAAAUAGUGGGCUAAUUGAUUUGACUGAUAAACUGAUAUGCUCAAUUGAUCCACCAGGGUGUGUAGACGUAGACGAUGCAUUGCAUCUUGAGGAAUUUGAUGACUUCUAUGAAAUUGGAGUACAUAUUGCUGAUGUAACACAUUACAUAAAGGAAGGAAGUGAAAUAGAUAGAGAUGCAUUUUAUAGGGCAACAACGAUAUAUUUUCCAGAACUACGAAUUGAUAUGAUUCCACCAAAAUUGAGUACAGAAAUAUGCAGUUUGAGAGAAGAUAAAACAAGUAGAGCAUUUUCAGUCAUAUUUAAGGUGAAGAAGGAGACAUAUGAAAUUGAUAAUGUGGCCUACACAAAAUCAAUUAUUAAAAACAAGAGAGCGUUUACAUACGAGGAGGCAACAAAGGUGGUUUAUGAGGGAGAGGAAGACGAAUUCAAGUGGAGUUUGACGAGGAUGCUUGAGUUUACAGAACACCUGAAAACAAAGAGAAUUGAGAAUGGAGCAUUACUGUUGAAUAAGGGAGAUGGUAGCGAGAAGGUGUAUCAUCUAAAGAGUUUGAUAGAGGAAAUGAUGCUGUUAGCGAACAUAAAUGUGGCAAGGAAGAUAUUUGAAUACAACAAGGGCUAUUCCAUACUAAGGAAGCACCCAAAACCAUCCAAAAUAGCCAUUGAAGGGUAUGGUAUGGAGGGAAUAGAGACAGGACCAGAAAUCAACGAGUUUUUGAAGGAAAACAAGGGCAAUUUAUAUUUAGGAGCAUUAAUGACUAGGAAUCUACAACAGGCGUAUUAUUUUGCAAGUGGAACUGAGACAGAUUACAGUCACUUUGGUAUUGGCUGUGACAUAUAUACGCAUUUUACGUCACCAAUCAGACGAUAUGCAGAUAUUCUGGUUCAUAGGACACUUGCAGAUGUCGUCAAGUUUGAUCAAGAGAAUCAAGGUUGCUGUUUAUUGAACAUGGAAAACAAGAUAGUGAGGAAUAAGGAAUUGUUGCGUAGAAUAGACCAUUAUAGUGGAAUAAUAAACGAAGAGUCUUGCAGGUGGAUCAAUCAUCGUAAUAUAGCAGCAAAGAGAGCAUCAUUCAUGGCAAAUGAGCUAUUUAUUGCCUACAACCUGAAUGAAUAUAAAGCAAAGGAGUAUGUUGGUGUGAUAGCAGCAGUGAAUGAUACAGUGAUGGUCUAUGUUCCAGAUCAUGAAAUAGAAGCUGUAUUGAUUAAGAAGAAUAGAACAGAAUACAAGAUGUAUGACACAAUCAAGGUGCAGUUUAUAGGAGACUUCUCUAACUGGUGUGUAGACAGGGUGUUUAAGCUUAAUGAGGUUAGUUAG